UCGAUACCGCCAGACCGCGUCACCCUCGCCCCGGCGGGAAAGGGAGGCGAAUAUGUGUCCAAAGGAACGAGACUGAAAAACGAUCUCUAUCGCGCCGUUGGCCUUUUGGAACUGGCCAACGCGGGCGACUUUGCUGCCAACGUGUGGAACAAGUAUCCAGUGCCGGUAUAUGCGAUUGUCUUCAUGGCGGUCGGGGCGACAUUCGCCGGCAUCAUGUCCGUCUUUGCGAUGCUGGACGCAAGACGGGCCUGGCGAAACGUCACAUUCCUCCGCCAACAAUACCGGGAGCUCAGACAAGCGCGGGAGCAAAGGGCGGCAAAGGCGCAGCCAACCACAGACCUGGACGUGCUCCUGUCCGUCGUCUAUCGCGAGAUUGGCACAGAAGGCAUCAACCGCUGGGGCCUCAACUUGUUCAUGGGCGCAGGCGCUGUCCUUAUUGCCAUCGGUACCUAUCUUGCCCUUGGGGGACAGAACGACGCCAUCUUCCUGGCCAGCAAUCUGCUCUCUGGAUAUGUCGGCAAUUCCCCCAUUGCCCUCUUCGGCGCCUUCAACACUUGCUGGGCUUACUACAUCUUCUGCAAGGCCCAAGGACACAUCAAUGCCGCCUCCAAAGCCAUUCCUGGAACGCGAGCCAUGGCCCUGAUCAGACGGCGCAGCAGGAACCUGCAGGUUUACACUUCCAUCAACGGCACGGCCACGCUUGUUGGAGGCGUCGGAUCGAUGAUUACGGCGACGAGAUGGUGGGGAUACGUCAUCUUGAUCCCAGUCAUCAUGUCUGCGAUAUUUUGCAACCACUGGUGGCGGACGAGAGCUGGCUAUACGCGGCGAGACCUGGUGCCGUAUGGGAUGUCGGUUAUGAAGGUUGAUGAGCUUUCGACGGCCUUGGACUUUGCUGCCAGGGCGCCCAAGAAGAUCAAGGAGCAUAAGAAGACGCCUUUGAAUGCCUUUGUGUCGGACCCGACAUCACUACAGGCUGUCUUGACUUUUAUACAGGAGUAUGAGCUGCUGGAGCCGUUCUGCGAGCGCCUUGUCAAGAGCAAAGAUUUGCGGAGAGUUCUCGGCUGCGCUGGUGAACCUGAAGAGAUCAAAAUUGAGAUCUCGUCUCUCUUGGACUUGCCCAAGGAUCAGCAUCCGGCCAUUAUCCAGGUCGCUCAGGACACGGUACGGAAAGUUGGGCCGACACACUUUCAGUACCGAGAGCGAUAUGCGGCUGAGUUGUUGGGCACAUACUUUGUGGUGUUGAAGCAUGAAGCAAAGCACAGAGAAAAGGCCAGAACUCAAUCAGAGAAGCCUGGCCCACGAUGA